AAAUAACUAAAAAAUAAAAUAAAAGAAAUAAGUUGAAAAGGAGACAAGUGGGAUAAUGAUUAUAGAUUUGCCAAAGAUCCCAAGAUCUCUGCUUUUAAUCUUUUUGCUUCUUUAAAGUAGAUUUUGCCCCCACCCUAUAAAUGCAUCAAACCCCCCAUUUUCCAUUUCUGUCUAUCCCCACUAGAUUCUCCAUAUCUCUCUCUCUCUCAUGGAUCCACCGGAGCUCCAUGUUCUCGCCGUCGAUGACAGCACCGUUGACCGGAAAGUCAUCCAGAAGCUCCUCCAAAUCUCCUCUUUCAAAGUUACCGUUGUUGAGAGCGGUAGCCGAGCUUUACAGUAUCUCGGUUUAGACCAAGAGAAGAAUUCAGAUUGUUUUGGCGAUUUGAAGGUGAAUUUGAUAAUGACAGAUUACUCUAUGCCUGGAAUGACAGGGUUUGAAUUGCUAAAGAAGAUCAAGGAGUCCUCAACGCUUAGAGAGAUUCCGGUGGUGAUUAUGUCGUCGGAGAAUAGUUUAACGCGCAUCGAUCGAUGUUUAGAAGAGGGAGCUGAGGACUAUCUAUUGAAACCGGUGAAGCUCUCCGAUCUGCGUCGCUUGAAAGACACGAUUCUCAAAACCGGAUCCCAACUUACAGGCCAAACACUAACCCGCAAAAGAAAACAUAAUAGCGAUCAGUCGCCAGAACCCGAUUACCAUGACCAAACCCUGUCGCCACCCUCUUCACCGCAACAAGCCCAAACAAAGAGAGCUAGGUUGUAGUAGUAAUAGUAGUAGAAAACAAGUUGUACCAAUUUUUUUUUUUUGUUAAUACUUUGGACAAACAUGGUUCGUUUCAUUUUGAGCCAACGUUAAAAAAAUAGCAAACAAUAUAAACAAAGUUUUUAAGUACUAUAAUGGAAA